AUGUCUUCUGUUCACAACAUCCCGCAUUCGCCGACUCCCCAGCCGGCGAAGAAGCUGCGCCCGUCGCUGUCCCCAGCGCGUGGCUGCCUCCGCCCGUCAUCCCCUCCCGUCGAGUUCGACGCCAGCAGCCGCACGUCGUCUGCGCGCUCCAGCUUUUCGGACGGCAGCGAUUACCGCCGCUGCAAGACUGUCCACUGGCAGGGCGAGGUCGAUGGCUGUGUUGUCACUAAGUGCUUCGACACGUACUCGGCCUCAGAAUACGACCGCACCCCUCUCGCGCCCCCCUCAGAACAGGAGCGCUCCUGCGUCCUCCCGGCCCGUGGGGCCCGUUGCUUGUCUUAUAUGGACGACGACGAGGACGACGACGAGAGCGAUCACGACGAAGAGAUGGCGGAGGCAUCCGACAGCGACGAUGACACGCGCCCAUCAUCUCCCUUUGCUUCGCCGGAAGACUCGGAUCUGUCCGGCGUCGAGGACGACGGAGACGAGUGGAGUGCAUGCUUUGCGCGCCGCCGCAUGAUGUUUGCGCGCAUGAGCUCGCUCGACCGGGAAUCUGCCCAGCCCCAGUUUGAGGGCUACCGCUCGCUGUCUGCGACGCUCGUCGAGCUGCUCAAGUCUGUCGGCUGCGACGAGGACGACGACACGACAACGCUGUCGUCGACCCCCGGUUCGUCAGCCGACGAGGGCGGCAUGAGCAAGCUGUCUUCGGUCUCGUCCAACGAGAGCAUUGCGACUGUCGUCUUUUCCCGUCUCCGCGAGGAGCGCCCCGAGGACGACGAGCGGGAAACGGAGCCCGAGAUCGACACGCCGUCUCUCAUCUCGAGCGCGGACUCGGAGGCAGAGUGCAGCAUUGCGUCGCCGCCGUGUUCGCGCGUCGAGUUUGUGCCCCCACCGAUAAUGUGGACUCGCACGGCGCUGACCUACGGUCCACAAGAGUAG